GGUAGCUACUGUACAUGACAACUUUGAAGCAUCAUAAUUUCUUCUACGUCUUUAUUCCUCACCUAAAUAACCACGAUACCUGUUGAUUCCAAUCUACAAGCAACCAUUGUUUUGAAAUACCCCAUCCUUCAGAUCUAAAUACCAAGUCAACUUCUUCAAAAUGUCGGGUAGCGCAGGUUACGACAGACAUAUCACGAUCUUUUCUGAUCAAGGAAGAUUAUACCAAGUCGAGUAUGCUUUCAAAGCUAUCACCGCUGCGAACAUUAUGUCUGUAGGCAUUCGAGGAAAGGAUUGUGCUGUUGUUUUGUCUCAAAAGAAAGUUCCCGAUAAGCUCAUUGAUCCAUCGUCCGUCUCCCACAUCUUUCAAUUGUCACCAUCCGUAGGAUGUGUUAUGACAGGUUCUAUCGCAGAUGCAAGAGCCUCUGUCCAGAGAGCUAUUGGUGAGGCUGCCGAAUUCAGAUACAAGUUUGGAUACGAGAUGCCGUGUGAUGCCCUGGCAAAGAGGAUUGCCAAUAUCAGCCAAGUCUAUACCCAAAGAGCAUACAUGAGACCUUAUGGUGUUGCAACCACGUUAAUAUCGUUGGAUUCUGAGUUUGGUCCUCAACUGUACAAAUGUGACCCAGCUGGCUACUACACUGGUUACAAGGGAACAGCUUCGGGUCCAAAGCAACAGGAGGCGUUCAAUCACCUGGAGAAAAAGCUCAAGAACAAGGAUUGUGCAGAAGGUAGCUGGGAAGAUGUAGUAGAAUUAGGCAUCACAACUUUGAGCACAGUUCUCAGCGUCGAUUUCAAGAAAGGAGAAUUGGAGAUUGGUAUUGUUGGGGGGCCAAGAAAGGACGGAAAAGAGGGCACAGAUCCGGGCUUCAGGGCUUUAACUGAAGAGGAGAUCGAUGAGAGGUUACAGGCAAUCGCAGAAAAAGACUAGUUGCCGAUCAUAGUAAAGAGAUGAGGCAAGAUAUCCAGAUGAGGCAGCUAUGAAAUACGUUCGGUAAUACCGGCGAAUGACUGAUCGAGAAAUACUAUUGCUAUGAAAUUCAAUUUAUGAUACCAAUCUGCAUUUGAUACCGAGCAAUGGGAGCAAUGGUAGGCGAGAAAGCCACAUAUCUUCUGUCUUCUCGUUAAUUUUGGCGCAACAUUUUGUACACUCGAGGAAAAAAGAAACGAAACGGAAACAUAGCCAUAUUGUGGCUUGACCACUGCUGGACUGAAUAAUAGACGACCCAUACCUUCGGUGACAGUGUGCUAUGAUUAUCUCGGAUGAUCUGACUAGAUCCAGGACAACAUCACUUUACUGCAGCAUCAAUGAUCUAGCAUUACGCAGCCCUAUCCGGAAAUAUGGUUUUGGGAUUGAUCGAAUCAUCCAUCAUCUCACACCCCAAACAAAUAUUAAGACAGGGAAUAUGAAAUAUUGAGUAUUGAGGAUCCGAAAAGAGUAGUGGGGUGGAGUCCCAAAAUGGGUCUAUUGGAGUUACCAAGCUACGGACAUGGAAUAUUGGGAUGCGGUGAUAGGAGUAUCUCCCAAAGAAAUCACAUCUUGGUACUGGGUUAAGAUCGUAUGGCCCCCAGAUGAUCUGCUGUAGUCUGUGUUCAGGACACAGGUGAUUCUCCGGUCUAUGUGCAGAGAACAGUAUGGUGUGGUAUGUAAUAAUACAUAUGCAUCGAUAUGGUUGGCA